GUCAGCUGAUACACCUAACCUCAACCUGCCACUCCAUGCCGAGUGUGGUGCCGAGCUCAGUGCCUGCGCUUCGUGCGCUCUAUGUUUGACUACUUUUGCCGCUUUCGACCGUUUCGCAACGCUCAUCACGCCGCACACAUGAAGCCCCAAUAAGUACGCCGUUGAUUACACCAAACAUUCAAUUGAUUUCAGUUCAGUGCCUAAAGAGUCUCCUGCAUUGUUCAAGAUGAAAGUGGUAGCGCUGGUGAGCGGCGGCAAGGAUAGCUGCUACAACAUGAUGCAGUGUGUUGCGGCAGGUCAUCAGAUCGUCGCGCUGGCAAACCUGCGGCCAGCCAACGGUGAAGAACUCAAUAGUCAUAUGUAUCAGAGUGUGGCACAUGAGGCAAUUGAACUGAUGGCUGAAGCAAUGGAUGUGCCACUUUUUCAGGCUGAAACUCAAGGAUUUGCCAAGCAAACUAGCAUGGAAUAUCAACCAACUGAAAAUGAUGAGAUUGAAGACUUGUACAACUUAUUACUGAAGGUUAAAGAGGAGGUUCAGGUGGAUGCUGUGGCAUCUGGUGCUGUGUUGAGUGAUUAUCAACGGAUCAGAAUAGAAAAUGUUUGUAUAAGAUUAGGAUUGGUGUCAUUAGCAUAUCUCUGGCAACGUAAACAAGCGGAGCUUUUAGAGGAAAUGAUCAAAUGCGAAGUAGACGCGAUUAUUGUCCGCGUGGCGGCCAUCGGCCUGGAACCACAGCGGCACUUGGGUCGCUCGAUAAGACUGAUCGAGCCGCACCUGCUCGCCAUGCACGAAAAGUAUGGUAUUAAUGUGUGCGGCGAGGGUGGCGAAUACGAAACACUGACAUUAGAUUGCCCUCUAUUUAGAUCUAGGAUAGUUAUAGAAGAAUCGGAAAUUGUAAUGGAUUCUGAUGAUCCAAUAGCACCCACAGGUUACAUGAAAUUGAAAAAAAUCAAACUGGAAUUGAAACUGCCACAGUUAGACCUCAACGCGCGUUUUGCCAAUCUGCCACUCAAAAUUCCCAACGAACACGUCCAAAUUUUAGACCAACCUGAUGAUUCACAAGUAACAAAUGAUUUGGGCGUAAAAGGAGAUUGUAAUCUAUCAGACGCAGUCGAAAAUGCCGACAUCACUCAAUCCGAACACGUUUCUGUAAGCGGCAGCGGAUGGCUGUACCUUGGCGGACUGACUGCCAUCGUAACGGACAACAAUCCUGCCGAGGCGUUCGAAAAAGCGAUGGCGAAAUUAAAGUGGCUGCUCUUGGAGAACAACCACCGACUGGAAGAUCUGUGCUCCAUCAGCAUGUAUGUGGCAGAUAUGUCGCAGUACGCUGAGCUGAAUCGCAUCUACUGCGAGACGCUGAACCACUUCAAUCCGCCAACCCGUGCCUGCGUUCAAGUGCCACUGCCUGCUAAUUGCCCAGUCGUGAUCGAAGCGAUCUCGUUCAGCGGGCGCUCGAUGCUCGCUGGUGACGCCAAUGCGGAGAGGAGCACGAUGCAUGUGCAGAGCUUGUCUCACUGGUGCCCGGCCAACAUCGGACCCUACAGCCAGGCGUGCCGCAUCGGCGAGUUAAUUAACUUAGCCGGGCAGAUUAGUUUAGUGCCGGGCAGUAUGGUCAUGAUUAACGGGGGAAUUAAGUCGCAAUGUCAGCUGGCGUUGCGGCACGUUGAGAGGCUACUCAAGGCUAUUGGGAAGAGCGAUUUGCGAGAUGUUGUUCAGGGAAUUUGUUAUCUUUCCGAUCAAAAAUACGUCGAGCAUGCCAGGAGCCUUUGGGAGGAGGAAACUAACAACGCCAUUGUGGAUUAUGUCGUCGUUUCCGGUCUGCCACGCAAUGCCCUUGUUGAAUGGCACGUUUGGGCACACAAACACAACAAUCAAUUUGAAUACGAGGAAACUGGACAGUGCGUACAAGACUGGUCGAUUUCAAUCUUUCGUCGAUGGAACUACGAGAAUAAUAUUGCAACGAUCCUUUGCCAUGUAUCGAACACGGAUGCCAACACCGUCCUAUCGGCGGCCAUUUUUCGCGAGACGAUUGAAUAUGUCUUGCAGAAACUCAACCACGGACACGAGUACGAUCCUAAGACAAUCUGUAGCGUAAAGGUGUUCUACCCCGUGAACAAGAACAUUUGUGCCUACAGUUUCGUCAGCAUUCUUGAAGAAUUUCGACGAACUGUUCCGGUGGUGCACACGAUUGUACCGGUCGUGGCGUUGCAUCAUAAAAACACUUUCCUGUCGAUAUGCGGUGUUCGAACGCAAUAAGUUGUUAAAAGAUUUGAAUCGUUGUUGGCUAUUGAUAAUUUGCGCCGGGAAGUUUGUUACUACAUAUAUGAGGGAGCACCACUUUUAUACAACAAAUCUGAAUGUUUAAGAUUGUUACAUAUUUCUUAUUGUUAUACUGAUAAGGUAUUUUUGACUACAUUUAUAUCUAGUGUCUUCUGAAAUAAGAACGCUACUCUAUACACUGCUUGACACUAUCAAACAAUUCAGAUUUGUAUUUACAAGUUUAAAAAAACAGCUGAGUUGAAAUAUUCUUGGAAAGUAAAUAAAGUGCUUUAAUGUAA